AUGGGAAAAGGGAGGGCAGAGAUCAUUAGGUAUUCAAGAAAUAAGGAUGGGAGUACUUCUGAUGGAUCCAAUAUUCAGAAACUUAUUCACAAAGAUCUAGAAAGACAAAGAAGGCAAGAAAUGGCUAAUCUCUAUGCUUCUCUUCGAUCAAUUGUUCCUGUUGAAUAUCUAAAGGGUAAGAAGACCAUAUCAGAUCAUAUGCAACGGACUAUAAAUUACAUAACAGAUAUGCAAAAGAAUAUCAGAAAAUUAUGUUUUCAGCGAGACAAACUAAAGAAGUUGUCAAAUUCAGGCAACGUUAGCAACAACGGUGAAAGUUCCACUAGUUUUUCGCAUAGUUUAGUCACAGUGAACCCCUGCUGGGAUGGUGCAGAAAUUCUGAUCAGUAGCAGCUUAAAAGAGGAAGGUGUUCCCCAUCUCAAGAGUUCUUGUGGAAUUACUUGA